AUGUCAUUUGCCAGUGACAAGCUGUACAAUGGAUACUUGCGGCAGAAUAUGUCGACCAUUCUGUAUAGAGUGGUACCGACAGAAAUAAUGAUCCAUCUGCCUUGCUUGACUUCUCAUGACAGGGAAACCAUUGAGGCAAAAAGAGAGACUCGUGGGAACAUUGAAAGUAUGGAUUUACUUCUGAAAUGUCUGAAGAGAAGAGAAAACUGGCCAGAGCAGUUCAUCCAAGCACUUGAGGCGUGUGAGCAUCGAGCUUUAGCAGCUGAGAUUAGAGCAGAAUACAACGCUCUGAGAGUCAACAACAAUUCCAACCCUGUCGUCAGGGCACACAUCCAUCCUGCACCCUCUGCCAGUCAUAUGUCCCUCCCAGAGGGUGGUGCAAACAGUCAGGCUAUUGUUGCUCCUCCACAGCCAGCUGCCCAGGCCUCCCCCUCUCUGGAAACCCCUGUGCAGCCACAAGCCCCCCAGAGCUCAGCAGCCAACGUUCCUGAGACAGUUUCCCCAUCUGAGCCCGUCUCUGAGCCUCCACAGUCAACUCAGAAUGAAGUGAUACCCAGUCCAACACCUCCUCCUUCCCCUCUUACCCCACAUAAUCAGGCCACUAAAACCCCACCGCCUCAGAGGAAGAUUAGAUCUCACCAGGAGCCGGUUGAAAACUCUGAAUCAGACAUCCAGGAUAUCUCUGGUGAUAUCGCUGUGAUCCCUGAUCAGGUGAUUGCAGGGAACAGUGAGGUAUCGAUCAAACCUGUGGCUACUCUUCAACCAUCCCGUCCUGUUGAGCAGUCUGAAACAGACUCUCUGUCCCGCCCAGAUCCGGUCCAAACAACAACAACAACCGCCACAGAGGUCAGUCCACCACAGAGUCCCUCUCCAACUCAGAUAAACUCAGAUGGGACCGAUGGAUCCUCUUUCCCCAUGAUGACCCCAGAGAGGCCUCCAGUCCAGGACACCACCCCUCCUGUUGACCUAAAACCUGCUGCUGUCCUGCAGCCUGAACAGAUGUCAGGACCUCCUGCUACACAGGUUGUUGAAAGCAGCCCACAGACAGAAACUGCAGCUACAACCUCCCCCCUGCCUGGUGCUGCUGGGAUGGACGCCUCUCUCUGUGAUGACAGCACGGUGUGUCUGAGCAAGCCUGGCCAACUCAUCAGCAUCCCCCCACAAAAUCAUGAGCGCCCUACUAUCCCUGCGCCCAGCUCACCUUUGCAGCCUUACUCAGGGAAUAGUGAGCGUCUGGAAAUGAGCAACGCUACAGAUGACACUGUGACCUCUGCCUGCCUUUCUGCAUGCUCUGCUGUCAGCUCCACCACCGAGAGUACAUUGAUAGCACUGUCAUGCCAGGAGAACGGCAUUGCUCUUAACCAUAACGAACCAGAGGAAAACCACUAUGACUCUCCUUCUCAGAGUUUGGGAAUGCAGGAGGUGCUGGAGAACGUGGUGCAUGUAUCCGAGGAGGUGUCUAUCCUUAACCUAGACGGCCAAAGCCCAACACCACAAGCUCAAAUCGUCAAUGAUGAAGCAGCCAAGGAGAUCACGCCUGUACCACCACUAUUCACCAACACUGUUGGUACUGUAUCGAGUGUAAACACCCCCUCCAGUGAGAACUACCACCCCUCUGAGCCUGCACCCGAUGAUAUUUCACCAGAGCCGAAGACACUGCAGGAUUUAGAGAAGAAAGUGGCCUCUGGCACCCUGCCAACUAUUACAAAGUACAUUCUGAUCGCUGCAGGAGUGGGUGCCUGUGCACUGCUGAUGGCGUGGAGGUUUAAGAGAUAAGAGGACUUAAUACUAUAGUUCGUAGUUUCUGUCUCCCCCAUGAAGAAUUCUAAGUAAUGACAACAACACUGUCGGUGCAUCCACAUGACGUAAUCCUUCAGUGAUCAUUCACCACCCCCACCCCUGCUCCACGCAGUUGCUAGAAGCGUUUCUCCCAUCAAAUUAAGAAGGACACAGAGGA